AAAGCACCCAAUUUGCUAUAAGUGUAUGAUGGAUCUUAUUCAUUCUUCCACCAGCUUUCCAUUUUGUGUGGAGUACCAACGUUUUACGCAGUAUACUAAGUUUGACCUGCUUCAAUAUGUUAGUGGUAUUCCACACUCUUGGUUGACAAAAUGGAAGGCUGGGGCACUAUGAGAAUUGAGUCACAAACCGUGAGGGCAUUCUGUGUGUUUCCCUGUCCAUGGUGUGGGGCCAAAGUCUUUCCCCAGUUCUAUAUUGAGAAAUACAAAAUUACACUGUGCAAAAGAUGUCGCAAGUGCUACUGCAAGAAGUGCUUGCUCUACUAUGAAGGGGCAGAUACCCUAGACUAUCUUUUGUGUGAUGCAAUGAAAGUGCAGAAAUUGUACCAACUGAGCGAUACGGACUCCUUUCUAGAUGAGAUUGACAAGUACAGCAAUGAGUAUCUGCUUGAAAUCAAAGAUGCCUGGGAAUAUCAGAACCGUAAGGUGGAUGAUGAGCAGUGUUGCCUCAACUGCUUCAUAAGUUUUAAUGUAAGUUGUGGUGUUUGCUUAUUGUGAAUAAUUCGUGCCGUCAGGUGUACUGAUUUACUUUUCUUUUCAGAAACUUAUUGGAUGUGAUCACGUUACAUGUGAGUACUGUUCCACUUUUGUUACGUGUGUGGGGGCAAGCUCUCAACCAAGCGUCCUUACGCUCACUUUGACGCUGAUGGUAAUUGCACCAACCCCCACUAUUAUCUUUAACGUUUCUUUUUAUAUCAGUGUAUUUGGCUGCUUUGAUAUUCUGUAGGUUUUAAGCCUUGAUGACCUCACUGCAGGGUACACUUGUCUACCCAGGCUGUGCAGUGAGGUCUUAUAAUUCUGUAAGCCCAAAAUUUCUCAUUUUUUUUCAUCUUAAUUAUCUUAUGUUAUUUGAAACCUCAAAAUCAGCAACUGUUGAAUAGGUUGAACAGC